AUGCGAUUGUGGUCGAUAGGACUCGGCCGGCUUCGGGCGGCGAUGGGCAAGGAAGACCACUCAUGCUUUGCUACGGUGUUCGACGCCGACGUAGCUGUUAUCCCCCUGCAUUCGAGCCUGUGCAGCAUCGCACCGCUUCCAGGAGCACAUUGCAGCGUCGUGGUCAUCCUGUACCCCGGCGACUUGUUGCGGGCCGGGGUGGAGACGAUCAGGACCUCGGUCCGGCACUUUGACCCGCAGACCGUGAAGCAGUGGCACCGCGACGAGGCGAUCCGCGUGCUGAAGUUUUUCCGGGCGGCGGUGCUGGCCGAGCUCGGCCGCGAUGGCCGGCAGUGGGAGUGGCCGAAGCCUUCAACUGAAGAGGUGGCGGACAGGCCCGCCGACUGCGAUGAACCCGUUCGAGAUAAAGUGCGCGACACCGUCCGGGACAGCGACGCGGGCUCUGGCCUCCUAUCAAUGAGCGCGCUGUGCUGGGUGGUGAAGAGGAUGGAUCGCCUGACCGGCGACGACCGUCGCAGUGCGACCAGCAUGGACAAGGUCCUCGUUUCGGGGUUGAAGGAGCUGCGGAUUCGGAUGAUCACAUUCAUCAAGGAACACGUCGCACGCAAACGGUCAGGCCAUGUCGGAGUUGCUGCCGACGCCUAUGACGACGACGCCGCGGAGCCCCCUUCGGCAUCCCAAGCAGUCGGUGUCGCCGACACCAGCGGAGAGGCCGGAGACGGCGUCGACAAGGCAGAUGAGGAGGCAGAAAGGGCUGUGGCGAGGACCGCGGAUCAGGAAGAGGAGGAGGAGGAGGAUGACACCGAUGAUCAGGAUGAUAACGAGGAGGAGCGUGAGGAGCGUGAGCAGGGGCAUGGGCAAGAGGAGGAGGAGGAGGAGGAGGAGGAGGAGGAGGAGGAGGAGGAGGAGGAGGAGGAGGAGGAGGAGGAGGAGGAGGAGGAGGAGGAGGCGGCGGCGGCGGCGGCGGAGGCCGUGGAGCAGGGUUUAGGGUCGGUGGAGCAGGUGGCGGAGGGGGAGAAGCAGCAAGAGGGGGAGGAGGAGGUAGAGUUCCCCUGGGUCGAAUUCGAGAUGGAGGAUGCUGAGGGAGCGGCGGCGGUGGCCGUGGAGGGAGCGGCGGCGGCCGUGGAGGGAACGGGUGGGAGGUCGGCGGAUGUUGUGUACGAGGGAGGGGAGGGUGCCGAUGUGGAGAAUGUCGGCGUGGAGGAGGCGCACGUGGUCGGCAAUGUGGUUGGCGACGCGAAGGAGGAGGAUAAUGCCGCGGCCCCGACGCCGACGGGCGUGGAGACCACCACAGGGAACGCAGGGGUGGAACGCCGGGGUGGAGCGGUAGAGGCGGGCCGUCAACCGGGUUCCUCAGCAGCUGGUCGGCAGGCAACGCCGGCCGUCGUCGCGCAGCUGCGACAGGAGAACAGGUGGCUGAGGGCUGAAAAUGCUCGUCUGGAGACGGCGCUCGGAGUUGAGAGGGGUCGGGUGGACAGGUUUGCGAUGGGGAUUGGCCGCCUCGUGGACAAGCUCAGGUCGUUGGCCGACCAGGUCGCCGCCUCCGUCCAGGACGCGGCGAGUCGGCUGAUGGACGCGUCCUUGACCAUGGCGACGACCGUCACGGAGAACAUCACCGCCAACAUGGGUGAAGCAUGGGAUGCGAUGAAGGCGUACGCCGAGAGGGCGGAGUGCUGGUUGGAUGAUCUAGAGGAUCCGGAGGGGUUUAUGGCGGUGCAACGUGCGAACGCGGUCGUCGCCAUGGGCAACCACGUGGACGAAGCGAGGAAGGGGUUGGAGGAAUACAUAUCGAAGCACCUAGUCGCCGCGCAGACCAACAUCGCCGCCGCGGUAACUCAACGCGUCGUCGUGCCGCCGCCCACGCCGCCCGCCCCACCGCCAGCCUUCCCGGACGAGCUCAUGAAGUCUUUCAAGGCGGACGUGUUGAAGGCGGUGACUGAGGCCACCCAGAAGUCGUUUGUUGCGUCCGGGUUAAACCUCAUAACCGAGGUGAUCGGCAAUCUGGCGCCUGGUCGGCUUGGGUCGUCGCCGUCGGCCAACGAGGCCGACAAGAAGGGUGCGAAAAGGGCGGGCGGCGGAGAUGAUGCGUUGAGCUCGAAGCGGAGCAAGGUGUGA